CAUUGGGGCUAUAAUGUAAGUGACGUCGUCUUACUCAUGGAUGAGACGACGCUCCCGCGGCGGAUGCCGACACGCAAAAACAUGAUCGACGCCAUGCGCUGGCUCGUCAAGGACGCACAGGCCCAUGAUUCCUUGUUUUUCCACUACUCUGGCCGCGGUGGUCAGAUUCAGGACAAGGAAGGAGUUAGCCCCAACGGACUGAAUGAGGUUAUAUACCCGGUGGACUAUAAGAAAGCUGGAAUGAUUGCAGAUAACGAGCUGCACAAGAUUAUGGUGAAGGAGCUUCCGCCAGGGUGUCGGCUGACUGCUGUAUUUGACUCGUGCCACUCCCGGAGCACCGCCCUUGGUAUGUUUGUUCUUCCGUCUCUCGUGUCGUCUUCACUUUACCCAUGCUUAUCUCACAGACCUUCCAUCAGCAAAUUCCUCUGUAGCUCAGUAUUCUCGUCAAUCGCGCUGCUCGACACAGAGUUAGAUGCCACUCGUAAAACAAAUCCGCAGACGCUUAUGGACAAGGUCUCCUCGGCCGAUGUUAUAUCUUUUGUGGGGUGCCGCGACAAUCAGACAAUCGCGAACACAAAGCGAAGUCAGCGCUCAAAUGAUGUUGUUAAAUCUAUGAGCUGGGCGUUAAUUAAGUCCUUGGUAAAUGAAAAGAGCCAGAGCUAUCAGGCACUUCUGCAGUCUGUUCGAGGACUACUGAAAGAGACCUGCAACCAGAAUGUGCAGUUAUCGAGUUCGCAUCCAAUCGUACGUCCCUUUGCCUUCUCCCUCUUUCGCUUUUACUGUGAUUUUAUAAGCUGUGACUAA